AUGUCGAAGGAGAUCGUGGAACAAUUGAGUAAGUUUUCUCUUACUCCAGAGGAGGCAGAUGAUAUCGUGAUUGACGCUUCCCUUCGGGAGCGGGCUAUUGUGGAUUGUUCGGUGAGUCUGGUGGGGAAGCUGCUCACCAGAAGAGGUUUUAGCAGAGCUGCUUUGAAAGAUACGAUGCGGAAGGUUUGGGGAUCACCAGAUGGGCUUCGGGUGGUUGAUGUAGGAGAUAAUCUCUUUCACUUCCGGUUUGCCAACGAGAUGGAUCUUCAACGGGUGGUGAACGGGGGUCCAUGGUGUUUUGAUAAUAUGGUAUUAUUACUUCGCAGGUGGGAAGCUGGCAUGAAAGCGAACACGGUAGACUUCAAUGAGAUUGAUUUUUGGAUUCAAUUAUGGGGUCUUCCUUUCGAAUGUAUUACUCCAGAAAUUGGUAAGGAAAUAGGUCGCCGUAUUGGAUCUAUUUUAGAGGUGAACAAGGUGACAGAGAAAGGGGAUUGGGGUCGCUAUAUUCGUGUGCGGGUUCGGAUUCCUUUGAACCGACCGCUUCGGCGUGGCGGGAAUAUUGUGUUGGGUAAUGGAGUUAAAUGUUGGGUGGAUUACAAAUAUGAGCGGCUGCCUGGGCUGUGUCACUAUUGUGGCAUGCUUGAUCAUGAUAUUAGGGAAUGCACUACCAGAAAUAAAGAUGUAUUGGAGGAUUGUAUCAAAGGGAAUGCUUAUGGACCAUGGAUGACUGCAACGCCAAGUUUCCGAAAAGGAUACAGGUGGAAGGCUCAACUUGUUCAUCAAUGUUCAUGUAUAUGCUUGUGA